AUGAACGUUCAGCAAUUUUCCAUCAAGCAAUUAGAAGUGGAGAGCAAGCAUCUCAGCGACGUUUUGCGCUGCAUGCUCCACACCGUGCUCUUCAAUCGGGCGUUCGGACUGGUCUAUCCCAAGGAGGAAAUCAUCGACACGCUCGACUUUGAAUAUGUAAGGUGCGACGACGUGACGGUGCACCAGUACGUCGAGGAACAAAUCAAGACCUUCCGCACGACCCUCGCCGAAAGGGAGGAUCGAAGAGCCCAGUUGGUGCUGUCGUUUUUUGAGACGCGAUCGAAGAAGGCCUGGUUCCGCAAGGUCGAGGAAAAGAUCUGCUUUGAGCAGUGGGUCUUCUUCAUCAUCCUCAAGGAGGACUCGCCAGUCGAAACGCCAGAAGCGCGAGAGAAGCUCGAGAAUGAGCUGCGGGAGCGCAUCAUGUACAUCAUUCAGACGGUGAACGAGAAGCAGAACCACAUUCCACUCAAAUUCCAGCCCACCGACCUCAUCCCCUUCCCCUACGAGUUCAUCAAGACCGGCUCGGCACUUCACAUGCAGCUCACCGACGUGAUCACAAUACCAUCGACAUCAGAGAACUGGGGCGUGGACAUGAUGUGGAACCUCAUCAAGAGCCCCCAGCCCAUCCUCACAUGA